AUGAAAAUUGACAAAAAAAAGGAAUUCAAAAAAAAAUUAAUAACAUGUUGCUCUCUUUUACAAGCAUCCGAACCUCUUAAAAUAAUUAUUGAUGAAACAUUUUUAAAUAUUUGUAUUAUUCAUAAAAUUCCAUUAAAAGAUGAAUUAAACAAAUUAAUAAACAGGCAAAUAGUAAUUAUGACAACAAAAUGUAUAUCAAAUUAUACAAAACAAACAAAUAAUGAAGAAACUGCAUAUGGUAUUAGAAAAAUAUCACACUAUAAAUGUAAUCAUAAUGAAAAUAAUAUUAAGAAUUAUCUUAAUGAAUAUAUAAAACAAAUUAAAAAAGAAAAUCAUCAUAUUUUUUCUCCAAAUUAUUUUUUUGAAAAUCAAAUACAAGCAACUCACAACUUUGAUAACUUAUAUAAUGAUCAAAUUGGAGUUACAAAAACGAAGGAUAUCCAUCAAAAUGUAAAGAUUCUCGAUCCAAAUAAAGACCAUCAAAUUGAGGAAAACGAAAAAGAUGAAGAAAAAGGAAAAGAUGAUGGUUUGUCUGACUCUAUGAAAUGCAUAAUAGAUUUAGUAAAAAAUAAUAAUGAAAAAAAAUUUUUUAUUGCCACAAAUAAUUUGCCGCUACGAGCUUAUCUAAGGAAAAUAUUUUUAGUUCCCAUUCUAUAUGUUAGCGAAAGUGGGGUAAUAAAGAUGGAGGAUAUAUCAACAAAAAAUAUGUUAAAAAAAAAAAAUGUGGAACUAAAAAAAAUGAAGAUGCUUAAAUGGGAACGAGAUUUAAAAAUGGCUGAGCAAAGGAAAAAUAAAGAUGCCGCCAAAAUAAAUCCCCAAAAAAAAAAAAUAAAUAAAAAUAAGCAAAAUAGGAAAAAUAAGAAAAAUAGGCAUUGA